CCACCCCGCCCCGCUCUUCCUGUUUGUGCCGGCGAAGCGCCGGGCUCAGGAGUUCGGCUGGCGGGGCGAGAAGGGGCUGCGACGGAGGGCAGGUCCCGGCUGCUGAAGGUCAGAAUAAUUUACAGGAUCUAGAAGAAAUACAUUCUUCAAAUAUGGAAGAGGAUACCAAACCUCUCCUGAUCCCUGUUGGAGGUGAUGAAAGUGAUUAUGGAAUCAUGAACAUUCAGUUUAAUCCAGCAGACCUAAAAUGCAAGAGGCCAUUCCACGUAGAGCCUUCAAAUAUUGUCAGUGUGAAUGAUGACACACAAAGAGUUACAGAUGAAGCCUCAGCAAUGAAUAAGCGGAUUCAUUACUAUAGCAAGCUCACUUCUCCUUCAGAUAGGGCACUGAUUGCUCCUGAUCAUGUACUUCCAGCUCCAGAAGAAAUUUAUGUGUAUAGUCCAUUAGGAACUGCUUUCAAAAUCGAUGGUUGCACUGAUGGUUAUGGCAAAAACUCCAGCAUAGUGACAAUAUUUAUGAUCUGGAAUACAAUGAUGGGCACAUCUAUACUAAGUAUGCCAUGGGGAAUAAAACAGGCAGGAUUUACCACUGGAAUCUGUUUGAUCUUGCUAAUGGGCAGCUUGACACUUUAUUGCUGUUACAGAGUUGUGAAAUCACGGACAAUGAUACCUUUAAUAGAUACCUCAAACUGGGAAUUCCCAGAUGUUUGCAAGUACUAUUUUGGAUCCUUUGGUCAAUGGUCCAGUCUUUUAUUUUCAAUGGUGUCUCUUGUUGGAGCCAUGGUUAUUUACUGGGUACUUAUGUCCAACUUCUUGUUCAACACAGGAAAAUUUAUAUACAAUUAUGUUCAUGACAUUAACGUAACAGAUCUUGUUCCUGGUACUAAUGGGAGUACUAGAGUUAUCUGUCCAGGUACUGCCAAUGAGGAUCAACCGGGCAACAAAAGUGGGCUGUUUCCUUUUGUCAACAACAACAACACAAGUUUUGAGCUGUUUGAGGAGUGGUGGAGCAAAUCACGAACUGUACCAUUUUAUCUGAUUGUUGUUGUUCUGCCCCUUCUAAAUCUUAAGUCUCCCUCUUUCUUUGCCAAGUUUAACAUCCUAGGUACCGUUUCAGUUGUCUACUUAGUUUUUCUUGUUACUCUGAAGGCUGCACAUCUGGGAUUCCAUUUAGAAUUCAACUGGUUUACAGCUAAUAGUUUUUUUACUCCAGAGUUUAGAAUUCAGUUUCCUCAGCUCACAGGGGUCCUGACACUUGCUUUCUUCAUUCAUAACUGUGUUAUCACUCUCCUUAAGAAUAACAAGAACCAGGAAAACAAUGUGAGAGACCUUUCCAUUGCUUAUCUCCUGGUGGGAUUAACAUAUCUCUAUGUUGGACUGUUAAUUUUUGCUGCAUUUCCCUCUCCACCGUUGUCCAAAGAGUGCAUUGAACAGAAUUUUUUAGACAAUUUUCCCAGCAAUGACAUCAUGUCAUUUGUUGCAAGAUUGUUCCUGCUGUUCCAGAUGAUAACUGUGUACCCGUUGCUUGGCUAUUUGGCACGAGUUCAGCUAUUAGGACAUGUCUUCGGCAAUGUUUAUCCAAGUAUUUUCCAUGUGUUGGUUCUAAACGUAGCAAUUGUAGGACUUGGAGUGAUAAUGGCCAUAUUCUAUCCAAAUAUAGGAGGUAUCAUAAGAUAUUCUGGAGCAACAUGUGGUCUGGCCUUUGUAUUUGUGUAUCCAUCCCUCAUCUACAUGAUCUCCUUGCGUCAGUCAGGACAGCUGACGUGGUCAGUGCUCAUCGUUCACAUCUUUAUAAUCAUCCUAGGACUGGCUAAUCUGAUCGCACAGUUCUUGCUGUGAAAGCGCUCAUGCUGGCUUUCACAAGUAGUAUUUUGAGAUUUGACAACAGACUUUAGCAACUCUAUCGUAAAAGCUGAGAACCUCCUGUGUGUCAAUUUCUUCCUGAGAAAAUCUGCUCCUUUGAAAGCAAAGGACAACUGUGUCUUAGUAACAGUUUUCAGGGGUUUGUAGGGAAACACAUCUUUGGAAAUGUUACAUCACAACAGAUAAAGUGGGCCAAAUUUGUAAAUGGCCCAACUCCACUGACUUCAUUGAAAGUACAUCAGGGAUGAUUUUGGCCAAAAUGUUUUUAUUUUGUAGAGAAAUAUUUCCACGUGGAUAAAACAUGCCACCCUUCACUUUUUAGAAGUAGUUACUUUUCAGCUUUAUGCUACAGAAUUCUUUUCUUCCUGCCCUUAUUAGCAAACAAACCCUCGCAAUAUUCUACAGUGACAGUUGCACUAAUUUUCCUAUGUUGUUUGUGACUGUUACUGACUAAAGGGUUGUAUUUGUAAAGCUAAUUUAUAGCCAAUCAGAUGACAGCACACUUGUUAAUAUAAUUUUGUGUAACCUUUUAAAAUAUAUAUAUGCAAGAAACCUCAGCUAUGGAAACAGCAUAAGAAAUCAAUACCAUUUCUACCUGCAACCGGGAUACUGCUUGCACACUAUCUGGCCUUCAAGAAUAGGUCAAGUAAUGAGGGGUGUCUGAAGUUACAGAGCAAGUUGGUGGUUAAACUAGAAGUUGGACCAGGAUCUUCCUCGUUCCAAGUCCUAUAACUGUUACCAUUAGAAUAGAUGUGUUGUGUAUUUUCGUGGGCAGGUGUACUUCAUAUAUGUACAUUGGACGCAAAUGUGCAGAGCAUUCUUGUAUGUCCCGUGUAAUUCUUGUGCCCCUGCAGGAUUUCAGACUGUGAAAAUUCCUUGCUGUAGGAAAACCGAUUUUUUUCAAACAUCCAUUCUAUACAUGUUAUAUGACAGUAUAGUCAGAGAGAGGUGCAAUACAGGCAAACGGGCAAAAAUAACUAAUUAAGAUUUGUGUGAAAAUUUAAAAAUAGUGUUUCAAUGUAGCUGCUUAAUAUUCAGUAUUAAAAUGUACUAUAAUCUAAUGUACAAAAUACACAUGCUAUAUAUUUUAUGCAAUAUGGUGCAGUUUCAGAAUCACUAGUGCAAAAUUGCAAAUGCAUCAUCUGUAUAUGCAAUCACCAUGCACAACUGUGCCUGCAGAUGCUCAGCUAGGUGACUAACUGGUCACAUGUACUUGGAAUUACUGUGACUGCACAGUUUCACGUGUGCAACUCUGAAAAUCUGAGUCUGUCAAUGUGCAGUGAGUAAUAACAAGGCACUACCUUGUAGGGAUGCCCUUAGGACUUUAUGGAAGUAUGCAUAUAAUUGGAAAUGCACAUAUAUAAACCACAAAGACUGAGAUUAUCAAGUCCACAAAGGGUCCAUUUCUGCUCCCAUUGAAGUCUGUGGCAAAACUCCUAUUGUCUUCACUGGGAGGAAGUUCUGGAUGAGUAAUCUCCGUUUUGGUGGGAGAAGAGUGUCUCUGAAAAGCUGUUGCUCCAUAGCCAGUAUCUGUUAAAUACCACAUCAUGCAGGCGUAAUGCUGGUUUCUGAGUGAUGGAACAUUAACUUCUCUGAGAAAGCAUCUAAUGGAAUCACAAUCACACCUGCUGCACACAAGUGUGAAUGCACAUAUUCAGAGAGGGAAUUGUUGGUGUGAUGUUUCUAUAUCAGACCAUCAUAGCGCUCCAUCAGCCUGAUGAUGGAAUUAAAUGUCAGAUUUCAUCGCCUCUUGCCAAAAUGAAAAAUGAAUUUAAAGGUGCUUUUGGUUAGAAGUAUCAGUGUGUGGAAGAUUGGUGAGGAAAUAGGAGUCUGAGUUGGUGGAGGAGAACUUGGAGACUGUAAAGUCUGUGGGUCAGGUUUGGGCCCAUUGUGGAACCUGCCCAAAACUGGAUGGACAAUCAAUGCUAUGCAAAUAGUAUUAUUGUGCACUCUUAUUGUGAGGGCAGAGUAUGCCCCAGCUCCCCACAUCUCCCUGCACAUAUUAUUCUUGUCAGAUGGGCACAUGCAUAUGCACACAUCCGACCCAGAACACUUUUGUUGUGACUCUUGUUGCAGGGUGGCUGGGGAAUGUUUUCUUUGCAGGUUUUGGGGGAAGCUCUCUGCCCAGAGCUUUCCUGUCAUAUGCCUAUGCGUACCUAGUAGCCAGAUUUUGGGGCUGUAAUAAAAAUUUGACAGGUGUAAAUUGAGUGAAAUGGUCUUCUGAGAAACUGAAUUCUAGAAUAAUUAAAGGGAGAAAAGUUGAAUAAUGUUUCAAUAGUAAUAAUGAUGUGGGGGAUUGAGAGAAGCUGAGAACUGGGAAAAGAGAAUUUAAUUGGGGGUAAGGUUUUUGUUCUUUUAUCUGAAAGUAGAAUGGAAGGCAUAGUCUGGAAUAACUUUAUUGUAUUUCUCUAAUAAAUAACAGAUCUUUAGAGGUGAUCAAGGUCAUAUUAAUAUCAUGGCCAGAGGUCCUUGCUUAAUAUGCAAGAAAUAUAAGAAAGAGUAGGUCAGGAGGAGUUACUGUGGAGUGAAAAAUCUGCUUCAAAGCAGCUACUUUUCUUUUUACCUUGAACAACUCUUUGUGCCUUUCAAGCAGGACUGCUGUGUACAUGUACCAGAGAGAAAUGCUUGCCCCAUGCUUGUCAUUCUCCUAUGUGCCCUUAUCUUUGGUAUUUCUUAGUUCUCUGCAGCAUAUUGUACCCACCCUUUUCUCACUGCCUCACGGUGAUCUUGAUCCUGCAGUAUUUUAUGCAAUCAGCCAGGGUGUUUGCCUACAGGAUUGUCUGCAUGUUUACUGCAAUAUUGGGCCCAGUCCAUCAUCUUAGAGCAUCUGCACUAGCAGCGUUACAGCAGUGCAGCAGCAUUGGUGCAGCUGCACCCCUGUAAGCUCUGUGGUGUAGCCAGGGCCGGCUCCAGGCACGAGCGCAGCAAGCAGGUGCUUGGUGUGGCCAACAGAGAGGGGCGGCCCAUCCAGCUCUUCAGCGGCAAUUCGGUGGCGAGUCCCUCACUCCCUCUCGGAGGGAAGGACCUGCCGCCGAAGUGCUGCAGAUCACAAUCGUGGCCUCUUUUUUUUUUUGCUGGGGCAAAAACCCUGGAGCCUGCCCUGGGUGUAGCCUUAGCCUAGAUAUUUGAGGACUUCUCAUCUAAAAGGACAGAGACUGAUGCGGCAAGAUGCCUCCUGCUAGGUACUGAGAGCCCUUUUAACUAUUGUUGAACUUAAUUGCAGUUGCAGAUGCUCAUUGCCUCUCAGGCUUAGGUUGCUAGUGGGCCAUGUUCAAAGCUGGUGUAUAUGUGGACUUCAGUGUUAAUGGUGUUGGAGCAGGUCUGAAUUUGACCCAGUGGGUGAGAUCCUGGCUCCGUUGAAGUCAAUAGCAAAACUCUGACUUCAAUAUGGCCAGGAUUUCACCCAGUGUGAUUUACCUUUUUGAAGAAUAUUGGUGUGUUUAAACACUUCAGGUAUAGACGGUUCUUUCUGCAAUUAUUAAAAAAAACUAUUUAAAUUGGUUUGAUUCUGUACAAGUUAUGAUAAGCAAGUUAAAGCAAUUAUUUCUACUAUAUUGAGGGUACGUUAUCAGAAAAAGGGAAAUAGCAUAAUGAAAUAUAUUUAAAGGUGAACAUGCCACCUUGUUUUCUUGCUCUAGCAGUUCUUGGGGAAACCAAAUGAUUGCUUCAAGUAUAUACUUUCAAACAUAGCUCCAGAUUUUUAAAUCUAGAGACCUCCCAUUUAAAAGGAAACUGUCUGGGAUGUCAGGUACAUGCUACAGCUGAUUUUGCUGUUGUGUACAAAAAGAUGGGAGUUGGGGUAGGCCUUACAGUGAAGAGGCCAUAUCUAUGUCAGGGUCAUCAAUUUUUGUAUCUGUUUUUCCCAAGAAUUAGCAAAAUGCCUGUAAUCUUUUGACUGAGACGUCUAGUAACUUGGCUCAUAAGCAAUAUUUAAAUGUUACCAUUCAACAAAAAACUCCUGAAAGAGAUGGGAGUCCGUGGCAGGCAUCUAUCUGCAUCUCUAGUCUAUUUCUUGUUCUACCUAAGUAUUAAAAAAAGCCCAGUGGCCUAAGAUGGGUUGUUAGUAAUUGGUAACUGAUUGUAUAGUGCAUUUAAAAACAAAGACCAGCUUAGGUCUGUAUUGCAAAGACUUUGUUUAUUUCAUUUCCUUUGCUGAGCCGUUUAAUUAUUUGGGCCCUAAUGAUAUCAAUAGGCAUUAUAAGUUCAUUUUAGUACUAAAUAAAAGUGGUGAUUUUAAAUAUCUUCUAGCAGUGCCUCCACCUAAAAUAUAGAAAAUAGAAACCAAAGCCUAAUUUUUAGAACAUUCUAAAAGUUUGAUUUUCAGAAGUGCCUAAGUGACUUAGAAGCACAAGUUUCCCUGAAAGUCAAUGGGGCUUUUGAAAAUCUCACUUGGACCCCACCCCUUUUUUUUUUCCUCCCACUGUUUAAACACAGCUUAAAUGACGAGUAUCAUGUACAAAGUUAGACAAACAAUGGAUUGUUAUACUUGUCUGUGUUCCAGAGUGAAACUAAUUUCCCACAUACAUGCACACACUUAAUACUAGUGUUGACCCAUUUUGGAAUUUACUGUAUGUAACGGUGGCCAGCUAAAUCUGACUCUCUACACUGUGUAAUCACAUAUUUUAACAGAAGAGCGAAAAGAACAUCCUGAUCUAAACACUGUUUUGUGAAAUGUAAUUUAUUCUUUUUAUAGGAAAAAAAAUUAAAUGUGAUUGGGGGGGAAAAAA